UGGUGAACCGGUACCCUUGUCCUCUUGGAACGCGAUGUCACAUUUCUAAGCGAGCACUCCCAUCCUGUGGUCCUCACUAGGUCUACUUCAUCGGGUAGAGAGGAGCUUGAUGGUGAGACGGCAAUGGCUGAAGUGUUUUUCUAUUCUUGCGCGCAUAGCUAAUUAACGACAAGAGAAAAACAAAAGAUAACCAAACAAAACAAACAGGUAACAAUGCCCCUUCCUCAGAAACAAAAACUAGAAAAACAGUUCGCAUGCGUGACACUUUUGUAUUCCCCCUAAAAUCUCAAAACUUGACAUGUAUGUUGGUGCACUAUCAUACUAGCAACGUAUGCUUCGCCUGUAGAAGUGUGAAAAAAAAUUAAGUUAUUCCGCUAGAUCGAAAAACAAAAAAAAGAACCAGAACAGGAAUUCUAAAACUCCUGUUCUGUUUCAGUUGGUGUCGUUCUUUCUGCCAGGUCGGACUUCGGGUUGGAGUGCCCGCCAUCAGUUCGGUAAAUAGCGAACUGAUGGCGGGGACCUGGUCGGGCCUCGGGGUGGAGUGCCCGCCAUCAGUUCGCUAUAGCGCAAGCUGAUGGCGGGCAGCUGGUCGAGCCUCGGGCUGAGGUGCCCGGGGACCGGGUCGGACCUCGGGGUGGGGCGCCCGCCAUCAGUUUGCUAUAUAGCGAAUUGAUGGCGGGCAGCUGGUCGAGCCUCGGGUUGGGGCGCCAGCUGUUGAAGAUUUUGAAAGCCUGAGGCGUCGCAUUUUCUGCCAGCGCCGAACACGCUUGCUCUAUCCAGCUUUCACCGCCUUGCUUGCUUUUGCUGUUGCUUGAGCAAUUCAAAAGCUCGAGCUUUUAAUUCAAAAGCUCGAGCUUUUCAAAUUCUGCCGUUGGCGUUCUGCUGCACGCUUUGCCUUUCUCUUGCUUGCAAUUUUCAUUUUUUACUUUUAGCUUUUACUUUUUAGUUUUUGUUUUAGCCUUUACCCUCCCGCCAAACCAGAGGCAAGAAAGGAGAGAAAACCGGCUAUGGCUCGGGUUUUCAAGAACAGAAAAUGCUGCUCGAGAUCACAAGCAAGGCUUCAGAACCUCGGUCGUACAUCGUGACAAAUGAGAGAUGCUGAGCACAACAGGAAAGAAUCGGAUUCGAAAUCGUACACAGUCGUUAAAUCGUUCACCAUCGCAGAUCGGCAAAUCGUAGAGAGGCAAGCACUCGGUGAGAGAAGGGGACCAGACGCGAAGGAGAGUUUUUCCUUUUCCUUUUAUAACCGGGGGCUCCGAAGGCAGCGGAGGUACCGUUUUAGAACAGGAGGAGCCGCGAGCGGGGGAAACAGGUGUAGAGAGGCAACCACACCUCUCUGUCGUAUUCCUUGCAACAAGCAUCUCACACCCAUAUCGCAUGCGCAGUUCUCGCACGGCGAACCCAGAACUGACCCCACCGUCGCUUCCUUCCUUCGGAGGAACUAGCAAGGAGCUUGAGCAUUAGCGUUCUGCUUUGUAAUCGAAAUAUCACUGAAAUUGAAAAUAAGUUCUAGAAUAAUUAGCGAUUUUGUUGGUGUUGCAACAGCGUUCGAAAAUGGAUUUCGCACAACAGCAGGAUUUGGUCGCGCGGGCGAUCCAGGUGAUCCAGGACCUGGCACAACAGCAGCCACACUGUGUGUCAGCAUCAGGAGCCCGCACGCAACGCCGGCCAACAAACUCAACCACAUCGAACCAGCAGUACCACCCCACCAAUUUUGGAACGGACCUAUGGCGCCACCACCAACACCCAAGUACGCACCAGCUCUUCGUGCCACAGCUCCACCCCUUCUCCUACCCGAUUCUCGCACCGGGAGAAGUGCAGACCGACCUUGACAGACGCAAUAGAAACAGGCAGCCGGAGCGCUCCCGGGCCCGGGAUCACACUGCAGCGUCCCGCUCCAGAUCGCGCGGCGCUCGACGAGUAUCUCGACGCCGCUCCACCUCUCGGGACCGAACUCCGUCCGGGAGGAGGAACGACAAGCAACAGCAGCGGGAGCAGGGAAGCGACCGUCGCGAGACAACGCCCACUAACAAUGCGUCCACGUAUGCCGGGGGAAACAAAUGGGUUGCGGAAUGGGAGCUGCGGCACUUCCUGCAGCGCCGGGCAAAGACGGUUUGGAUGGCAAACCGCAACGACAUGGGACGUUUCCUGUGUGCGGAAGCCUUCCAAAAGUAUGGAGUCCGCCACAAGGAUAUGAAAAAUAUCCUGAAGAAGAACAUGGCGAAGUUCAUCUACGACCACGUCCCAAAAGAACGCUACGGAGAAAUGCGGAAGCCUUCCCGGGUGGCUGAGCGUGUUCGGAGCAGGAGUAGGCGCAGGGCGGAAAACUCCGUGCCGAGGACCACUAAAAGGAAACGAAGCGAAACCCCCGACAAGCCUGCGACCCGGGCUAACACUGCUGCUAAGCCCCGGGCGGCGAAAGCGACCGACAAGGAGGGGAAAAAGAAGAAACAGGAGGUGAUUGAGUUGUCGUCCUCCUCUAGCUCCUCGUCUUCUUCUAGUAGUAGCGAAUCGGAACAGGCAGCGCCGCCAACUAAGAACAGGCGCAGUCGGGCCCCGGUGUCGGAACAGGAGAGACCAGGCAGGGGUGACCGGCGACCCCCCGGGACGGAGCGGACACGAGCAGCAACCGAAAAGGCGCAUAUCAAAGGGGUUACGAAAGAAGACUUAGAGCGCACGAUGUGCGAAAUUUCCAUCUGGGUAGACGCGCAGGCCAUGGGGGCGCACAUCAAGAAGAAGCUGCGACUGCAGGGCGGCGAGGCCAAGCAGCUCCUGGGGGAGACAGUUGCGAAAUGGCAAGAGCGGGCUAGGCUAGCCCACCCACCCUCCGAGGAAGAAAUCCGGGAUGUCCGCACGAAGCUGCAGACAAACAGGGCCCGGAUAUCAGAAAUUGCCACUAUCAGCGAAUUCACGAACUACCUCGAAGAUAGUCUGGCGAUCCCGUGGCGCCUCCUAGAGGCGGCGAUGAGUCGCCGGGCGACUUGGGUGUUGCGUGACAUCCGGGACGGGCUCUUCGAGGAGGGAUCGUGCAUCGAGAUCCGCGAGUGCGGCAGUAACGGGAAUUGCCUGUGCAACAGCCUCUGCUGGCAGCUUAGCGUGGAGACGAACGGACAAGCCACCUGGACGCCGGACGGACUUCGCAACGCAGUGGCGGACUUCCUUGCAGGCAACCAAGACGCUACCCAUAUUGGAGGGCGGACCUUCGAGCAGAUUCUUCUGAACGAAGAAAAGCCCGACAACGUCCCUUUCGGCGCAACGUAUGCGUACGCCAUUGCGAAAUUGCGGGAGCGCCGAAGCUGGGCAGGGGAACUCGAGCUGACCAUCGCCUCUCAAAUUCUCAAAAAAGAUGUCAAGGUGUGGACGCGGUGGCAAAACGCAGAAACCGAUCAGCAGUAUUCCCAGACGGAAGAACAUCAGUGCAGCGGCUUCACCACGCUGCCGACGACCGAACUCCGGGCGUCGCGGUAUGGAGCCCACGGGGGGGAGGCGCUAGGACUCUUCUAUGACGCCGAACACUGGCGGGCCGCGAAACUAAACUGACUAUUCAAGGAGACGAGGAAGAACGACUCAAACAAGAAGGAGGGGCACACGGGAGCCAACAAAAAGACGAGAAGUAGAGGCGGAGAUGAGAGAUGCAACUUUCUACACUUGAAUAUCAAUUCGCUACAGACGAAGGGCAGAUUCCUGCGGGAGUACCUCCGGGAUCAACGCGCCGGUGCGGUGCUGCUUACCGAGGUGAGAAUGGGGCUGCCUGAGCUACAGCGGCUGGUUGCGAGGUCCCUCCCUGAAUACCGCCUGGUGUCGAGCUCGCAGAGGGCGGGCGACGAAGCAGACAAGGGGGGGGGAUGCGCGAUACUCAUCCGCAUGGGGCUUGGCGCAGAUGUUCGCCCCCUCCCGGACGAGAUCUUGGCCCAGGCACGAAAGCCCCCCGGAGGCAAACGACCUGCCGUGGAGGUAUGUGGAUGCCAGUUUUGGAACGCAGGAAGGGUUGUUCUGGAGGUGUUGUGCGUUUAUGUGCCACCCAGGUCCCGCCCGACGUAUACGCAGCUCAAGCAACUUACCGCCACAGACCACCGCGGCCCGGCACCGGCCUCGCGACUUUUGAUGGGGGACUUCAACGUGGGCACAUGGAGGAAGGGGUUCUCCGACUGGAUAGCAAAAGACGAUCUGUGGAACCUCCUCCACCCGGACGAGGUUACCUUCCCGCUCGCCAAAACGCAGCCUGAUAAAAUUCUCUUCGCACCGGGAGAAGAGCUUCCGGAGAAUCUUACUGAGCUGUUUCUGGAGGAAGGACUCGCGGAAGCGCCUGAGGAAGGGGCGCGGUACCCGGGGAGGGCCAUCGAUUCAGAUGGCCUCUCAAAUCAUGCAGCGAUUGAGAUCCCGAUUUGUAGCAAAAUCUUCGCGGACAGGGCGGUGCCCGAGAACGCGCACUGGGAGCGGGAACAUUUCGGGGAGAAAUUUUUCCUGAAAAAGAUGGGGAAAGAAGACUGGGCCCGAGUCAAUGAAGAAAUCGCUGCAAAACUGGCUGCCAGACAGGCGGAGUGGGACGAAGCAAAGAAGAACAGGCAGGGGGACAGACUCUGGAGCAUCCUUCUCCAAGAACUCCAGACGGCGUUCCGCGCGUACCGGGCCCCCCUCAGUGGCAGGCUCGCGCACCCGGACACAGAAAAAACUUUUGCCGAGCACAACGUCUGGCAUCCGGAUAUCAAGCGGUGGGAGGAACUCCGAAAGACGAACAGCCAGGCAGCACGGGUACUGCGCCGGCAGAUUGAGGGGGACGCCUGGAGGCGGUAUAUCGCGGACCAUAAGGUGACGACGUCGUCGCUAUGGCGGUACCUUGCAAGAGAAGAGGGCAGAAGGCCCCGGCGCAAACGCCCGCCGGAGGAGCCGCUCAAGCUGUUCGGGUCCAGCUUUGUGACAGACCGAGAAAAAGCCCAAGCUUGGGCGACUUGGUUUAAUCGCAAGUACUUAGGGGAUGACGAAAAAAGUGCCGAAAACGGGGUGGAGACAAAACCGACGAAAAGGGCGGACAUAGCGCCCGAGCUAACUCCAGAGGUGCGCAACUGGCUCCGUGAAGAGGAGCCGCCAGACCCGGUCACAACGGGGGAAGUGCAGCGCGCGCUAAAGGUGGCAAAGCGUAACAAAACGCCGGGGGAGGACGGGGUGACCAACGAGAUGCUGCUGUUCUCCCCGGCUACACACGCUCCCCUGGCUGACCUCUUCUCGGUCAUUCUCAGCGGAGCCAAGAUCCCACCAAUGCUGUGCCGCGCGAUGGUCAUCCUGCUCGAGAAGCCCGGCAAGGAUGGGUCCAAGGCCACCGGGUAUCGGCCGAUAUCGCUUCUGCCUGUGGCGGUCAAAACCCUUGAGAGGGUGGUUCUCUGGCGAAUGCAGAAAACCAUGCGCACGCAAGAUGCGGCAGGGGAGGAGCUUUUCUCAAAGAGCCAACACGCCUUCCGGCCGCAUGUGGGAUGCGACCAGCAAAUCGCCGAGAUCCUCCACUGGACCUCCACCCGGCUGGCAAGGGGCAAGCAUGUCGGGUGGAUUAGUACCGACAUAACAGGCGCCUACGAUAGCGCUCGGGCCGGGAAGCUUCUGGAAGAAUGCAGGGCCAUGGGCGUCACACCGGGGUGCGGCCGUUUCAUCCAUGCAUGGAUGAUUCACAGACAUUUCCGGGUCCGCUUCGGGGAGGACGUGUCCACAUACCGGGAAUGUGUCUCAGGUCUUCCCCAGGGGGGGAUCGCAUCCCCCUCCUUGUGGAACAUCCUGAUUGACCGUCUCCCGAAAAGGUUGAGGGAGAGGAACCUGGGACGAAAUACAGAGGCAGAAGUCCACUUUUAUGCCGACGACGGCGUGCUAAUGGUCGCGGCGGACAGCAGGGGCCAACUCGCCAAAGCGCUGCGAAGACUAGCGGCCGCGCUCCGGGAGGAGCUCCGCACCCUCGGGCUGAACCUGGACGCCGAGAAAACAAAAUGCCUGAUUUUCGAUGGCACCCUGGUGGGCAAGGAAAUGCAGCACAGAGAAACGCGCCGCAAAGAGUUCGCACAAGCGCCGACACCCUCCGGGGCCAGCUGCGUCGACCUUCCGUGGGAGGCGGCGCCGCUCGACGGCCUUCCGUUCGAACAGGUUUCGGUCCACAGGGUGUUGGGGGUCCAGGUCGACCAUCUUCUGCAUUUUGGACCGCACGUCAAAGCAGUUACAGAGAAGGUGCGACGGAGGUUGCCCAUCCUAAAGCGCCUCUCCAGCUACUCGUGGGGACUCGAGCCGUACGUCUUCACACAGACCAUCCGUGCCCUCAUCACCCAGUCGGUGACAUGGGGCGUGGCGGGGUGGGGAACGUAUGCCCCCGCGCCAGUCCUCAAACGGCUGAACACCGAUGCGCUAAACAUUGCGCAACGCCUCGCGAUCGGAGGGGUCCGAACAAUGCGGCUGGAGGCGCUGCGGAUGCUCUCCCUCUCGACCUCCAUCCAAAACGCGUACACGCGAGGGGUCGCGUCCCUCAUCGAUGCGAGCCUCCGGGGCCCCGAAACACACCUCAGAAACACCCUGGCAGCGCGGCUAAGUAGACCUGGGCGGGCCACGGGAAGCGCCGGGGGGGGAAAGUGGGUGGAAGCCGCGUCCCCGCUGCAGAUCCCACUCGCCAAGCUGGAAGGGGCCGAGGAAAACCAAAUCCUUUCCGCAAUGGGGGGCGAUACAACCUUCGCAGGGUGCUACUACCACAAAGAGGGGGCGGGCACAGGCUUGAGACCAGCCGCGGACACAAGUGCGCCGCCAUGCUUCAACUCGUACGCCCCCGAACUCGGGGACGAAUUUGGAAAGUUCAGCGAGGCGGGCUGGAUAUCCCAUGGGGUUCGGCUGCUGCGCAAAACAGGGUGGUGCUACGACGCAGUGGCACCAUUCCGGGCUGUGCCAAUGAUCGACGCGGAUAACAUAGAAUUCGAAACCCGUGACCCGGACCCGGUCGAAAUUGGGAACCGGGGGCGGAAGCACGUGGCGGCGGGGGGAGUGCUACUGGCCACAGACGGAAGUUUUUCGGGGAAGACCAAGAGAGGGGCUGCGGCAACAGUGGCGGCAACAUUGGGGCGAACAAAAUGUUGCGCCUACAGAAGGGCAAAAACCAGCAGCGCCUACGCUAUGGAGCGUCUGGGACUCGAGCGCGGCCUCACAGAACUCCUAUGGGGCACGCAUUGGGAGGACAAACGCAACAAGCAAACGGAGGUCCUAGUGCUGGUGGACAGCCUGAGCCUCGUGGAGCGACUUGCGAAACUGCUAGGCACGACGCUGGAUGGCGCCGACCAGGACGUCAGGCUUGCGGAACUGUUGGGCCAAGUGGCGGCCCGGUAUAAAAGUGUGCGGCUGGUAUUUGUACCGGCGCACUGCGGCAACGACGCCAACGAAUUGGCGGACACCAUAUGCACGCACGCGUGCGAAGGCGUGCCGACGCCACAGGAGGUUCGGGAAAUGGAUCCGCCCUGCCACGAAGAAAUCAAGGCCGCGCUGGUCGCACAACUGGAGGAGGAGGAGGCGGAGGCAAUGCGCCGACUGGCGGAGGAGGGCUCGAGAUCCGGCGAAAUAUUCAAGGACCUCCAGCUGACCCGAGCAAAGAUCAGGGAUAUUUACCGAGCGGCUCGCGGGGAGGGGCGAUGGCUCCAAAAGACGCUCGGGGACGUUGCCGGGGCAACAAGGUUCAAGAAAAUUACAGAAGAAGGACUACGCGUGACAAACUGCCCCCGGUGCAAAGACACAAUGGACUCAUGGCAACACAUCAGGCUAUGUCACGAGUAUCGCCACCUGGGUGGGCUCCAAUCGGCGGACGUGAUCCUGGAUUUUCUCCGGACGGUCCGGGACGCGGAGUUUCCGGUCUCCGAACAAGGCUCCACUACCGAGGAAGAGGAAGAAGGACAAGAUGAAGCCCAGUCGACUGGGGUCGACCCACAGUCAUGAGCACGGAGAGAAAAAUAAAUGUUGCGGUUGGGUGAAGUAAAAUUAAUGAUGUCAGGCACGACAAAAACAGAUGUCAUACUGGCCGCCAUAUCAAGGUGUAUGGAAAUUUGCAAUUGCCGCGCCCACCCAUAGGCCGGCCAGGGCGGUCCCAGCCACAGGACUGCUCUGAAAAACCUAUAUCUCAGUUUUUGUUGCACUGGUCCGAGAAAAGAGUUCGUGAGUCCCUGGAGAGAAACUUGUCUCCAAAGUUUGUCGGCUGUCUCGUGUUCGAGAGGAUGAUGCGCAGGCGUCCAACAAGCGCGUGAGAGCGACCAAAUGAUCACCAUCGCGGUUACACACUAUGAUCCGAUGCUGUGCGUUCUCGAUCCUGCGAUCGCGUUGAUGUCUUGUGCUGUGUCAAAAAUCUCUCGUCCCGCGGACGAAAACCGCAUGCAGCAGCCGCAAACUGAACAUGGGUCACGACAAAUGCGCCUCGUCAUGGGCGUUGGGGGCCGCCCGCAAGGAGCGGGUGUCCUCGGGAAGCACCUGCGCAUGCACGCCCAGGAACCCACGACGGUAGGAUAGGAUACGGCACUGCUGUGUCGUCCUGCACCCCCCCCGCGUAUGCAGGUCCCAAGCCCGGUGAUCCUGGGGCGGAAACCGGGGAAAUGCCUAGGGGAACUUGGUCUGGCAGCAAUCACACUGUAACACCAUAAACCUAGAGUAGUAGUAGUUUUAGCCUUUAGCCUUUAGCCUUUAGCCUUUAGCCUUUAGCCUUUAGCCUUUAGCCUUUAGCCUUUAGCCUUUAGCCUUUAGCCUUUAGCCUUUAGCCUUUAGCCUUUAGCCUUUAGCCUUUAGCCUUUAGCCUUUAGCCUUUAGCCUUUAGCCUUUAGCCUUUAGCCUUUAGCCUUUAGCCUUUAGCCUUUAGCCUUUAGCCUUUAGCCUUUAGCCUUUAGCCUUUAGCCUUUAGCCUUUAGCCUUUAGCCUUUAGCCUUUAGCCUUUAGCCUUUAGCCUUUAGCCUUUAGCCUUUAGCCUUUAGCCUUUAGCCUUUAGCCUUUAGCCUUUAGCCUUUAGCCUUUAGCCUUUAGCCUUUAGCCUUUAGCCUUUAGCCUUUAGCCUUUAGCCUUUAGCCUUUAGCCUUUAGCCUUUAGCCUUUAGCCUUUAGCCUUUAGCCUUUAGCCUUUAGCCUUUAGCCUUUAGCCUUUAGCCUUUAGCCUUUAGCCUUUAGCCUUUAGCCUUUAGCCUUUAGCCUUUAGCCUUUAGCCUUUAGCCUUUAGCCUUUAGCCUUUAGCCUUUAGCCUUUAGCCUUUAGCCUUUAGCCUUUAGCCUUUAGCCUUUAGCCUUUAGCCUUUAGCCUUUAGCCUUUAGCCUUUAGCCUUUAGCCUUUAGCCUUUAGCCUUUAGCCUUUAGCCUUUAGCCUUUAGCCUUUAGCCUUUAGCCUUUAGCCUUUAGCCUUUAGCCUUUAGCCUUUAGCCUUUAGCCUUUAGCCUUUAGCCUUUAGCCUUUAGCCUUUAGCCUUUAGCCUUUAGCCUUUAGCCUUUAGCCUUUAGCCUUUAGCCUUUAGCCUUUAGCCUUUAGCCUUUAGCCUUUAGCCUUUAGCCUUUAGCCUUUAGCCUUUAGCCUUUAGCCUUUAGCCUUUAGCCUUUAGCCUUUAGCCUUUAGCCUUUAGCCUUUAGCCUUUAGCCUUUAGCCUUUAGCCUUUAGCCUUUAGCCUUUAGCCUUUAGCCUUUAGCCUUUAGCCUUUAGCCUUUAGCCUUUAGCCUUUAGCCUUUAGCCUUUAGCCUUUAGCCUUUAGCCUUUAGCCUUUAGCCUUUAGCCUUUAGCCUUUAGCCUUUAGCCUUUAGCCUUUAGCCUUUAGCCUUUAGCCUUUAGCCUUUAGCCUUUAGCCUUUAGCCUUUAGCCUUUAGCCUUUAGCCUUUGGCCUUUAGCCUUUAGCCUUUGGCCUUUGGCCUUUGGCCUUUGGCCUUUGGCCUUUGGCCUUUGGCCUUUGGCCUUUGGCCUUUGGCCUUUGGCCUUUGGCCUUUGGCCUUUCGCCUGCUUUUUUACUUUUUGCCUUUAGCUUUUGUUUUUUGUUUUUACUUUUUGGCUUUAAGUUGCGGAAUAAUACUAGUUUGGCCGUCACACUCUUACUCUUAGCAAGGGAUAGACUAUUCUGGAGGUUUGGUAUAGAGAAGUGAUGACCUACUUGAACAUGAAC